AUGACAGACGUGACACACUCCAGUAUACUGUGGACAAACAAAGGUCUGACUGAUGAGGAGGUAGAGUUGGCCAUCCAGCGUUCUGGCGGUACAGAGGAGCCACUGGCUCUCAGCGUUCCAGGACCCUCACAUAUCACCUACCCCCUUCCGCUGGCCCCUGUCCCAUACAAUUCCCCUGGAUACAGAUGGAGAGACUACGGUGCCUUGGCUGUAAUCUUGACAGGAAUGGCCUUUGGCUUCCAUCAUCUUUACCGGAAAUACAUCCUUCCCCUCAUUAUGGGCAGCAAAGAGGACAAGAAACAUCUGCAGAGGAUUGAGAGCAACAUCACGGAUAUGAGUGGCACUCUGACACAGACAGUCACCCAGUUGCAGAUGACCCUGGCUUCAGUACAAGAACUGCUGGUCCAGCAACAGAAGAAAAUACAGGAGCUGUCACAAGAGCUGGCUAAUUCACAGUCCUCAUCUUCCACCAAUCGCAUGCUGGAGUCCCAGAGCAUCAGUGAGCUCAAGGCUGAGAUUGUAUCUUUAAAGGGACUUCUUCUCAGCAGGAGACAGUUCCCUGCUUCGCCCUCAAUCCCCAAAAUCCCUUCCUGGCAGAUCCCUCUUAAACCAGGAUCAUUGUCCAACUCACCCUCUGCCAACCACACUAACAGCAGCAGCGACAUCUCUCCCGUCAGCAAUGAGUCGGCCAACGCCUCCCCUGUUAAAGAGGUCAACAGCUCCCAGGCCACCUUGUCCGGCUCGCUUUGCCUGAACGGAGGCAUGGGCCUGGGGUCUAUGCUUCCUCUGGACCUGAAAGACCAGGUCCGCAUGGAAGUGCAGGGAGAGGAGGAGAACAAAGAUGAUGAUGAGGAGGAGGAGGAAGAAGAGGAGGAGGAGGAUGAUGAUGAUGACAUGACCCAUGCAGAUGAAGAAGAACACCUGAGCGUGCAGACAGAGGACAGGAGAGGAGGAGACGGACAGAUUAAUGAACAGGUGGAGAAGCUGCGGCGUCCAGAAGGGGCAAGUAAUGAGAGUGAGGUCGAUUAGAGUGAACAUCCGAGACUGGACUUAUCCAUCCAUCCAUUUGUUGCUCUUUUUUUUUUUUUUUACAUGGAAAUAACAAAGAAAUAGUUCACUAAAAAUGGGUGUCAUUAUUUACACUCCCUCAUGUCGUUCCAGACCAGAAUGACAUUCAUCUGUGGAAGCAGAAUGUUAGAGAGAAUGUUUUUUUCAUACAAUGAAAGUAAAUGGUGACUGAGGAUAACAUUCUUCCUAAAAUCUUCAUUGUUCCAUAGAAGAAAGGAAGUCAUAAGGGUUUUUGGAACCAUCUGUAAAUUAUGACAGAAUUUUCAUUUUUGGGUGAACUAGCUCUUUAACUUUGUGCAGCUCACCCUUGUUGCAGUAAUUUAAACUAUAAAAGAAUAAGCAGGUGAGAUGGAUUAUGUCCCAUUCAUUGCACUUCUUUACCCAUUGACUCAACUUACUUGACUUUUCAACAUACACAAUAUCCAACGUGCAACGUGCAACCUGGAGCAGCACAAACAUUCUGCAUGCCUGAACAAGCACAUUCAAAUGAACACAUUUUCUAAAAGACGAUGAAAGAAUUAUAAACAUAAUAUUUCUUUUGCAAUCAACUGGUAACCAGACAGUUCCCCUAAAUGCUAGCUAUUUCAUCAGACAGAGGCUGCAGUGUUCGAUGCUCUAUAAAAGGCAAUACUGUAAUUGUAACAUAAAGCUUAAAAUCAAAGCAAACAUGAUCAGUUGCAGUUAAAGGGAUAGUUCACCCAGAAAUAGAAAUGUUUAUUAUUUUCUCAACCUCAUGUCAUUCCAAACCUGUUUCUUUUCUCUGGGUAAUACAAAAGGAGAUGUUAAGCAUUGAGCUUUCAUUGUGUGGUAAAUAAAUGCAAUAAAAUUGAGUGGUGACUAAAGCUAACAUUUUGUUAGCUGUUCCACAGAAGAAAAAAGUCAUAUUGGUUUGGAACAAAAUGUGGGUAAAUGACAACGGAAUUUAACUAGAAACUAUCCCUCAAAGAAUCACAUUUGACAUGAUGUAUCUCUACUGUAGUACACAGAGUGUUGAAGCUAUCAGUCUGAAGUGUAACAAUGAGGCCUUGUGAUUUGUGAAUAAAUUGAUAACGGUUUGCAUCUCAGUGGUAGAGAGAAUUUCUAUGUUUGUGAGAGAAAGAAAUAGCAUAGACAAGUGCAAUGUGUCUGUCUUGGUUGUAUCUCUCCAGUCUCCAGCAGGGCUGCUGAUUUGGUUUAUGAAGUAUGUUAAUAAUCAAAUGAUCGACAAAUAACAGAUGUAUUAGUUCAUGCAGCUUGAAAUGUCAAGGAGGCAAAAAUCGGAAAUCUAAUACUGAAAGCCUGUUAUAUUGUAUUAUAUUACACGACAAACCCUCCAGUCCAAAUUAUAUAGGUCUCCUGCAGUGAAUAAUCUUAACAUGAAACGGUGCUGGGGUUUUGUAAUUAAACUGUGUAAAACAAUGGAUGCUUCAGCGAAGAUGCUGACAGUUGUGCUUUUUUCUUUGGGGGCUUUUCUCUCAGAAAGUCCUGAGAGGAUAAAAAAAAAGAAAAGGACAGAAAAAAAAUCCCCGUGAUGCAAAUGGAGAGUAACGUAUGAAUAUUUAACUAAUGAAAUUACUCACUUGCCAGCCGACGAGAAAAAAUGAUCCUGGAGUGAGAACUAGAGUAUCAGAUGCAUUGUGACAUUUUCACUUUUAACGAAUGACCUUCAGAGUAACCGGAUUAUGGCACAGGCAGGUGAAUUGGCGGCGUUUGCCAUGCAAUGGCACAAUGAAAGAGCUCAACAUCUCUGGCUAUGUGUGUUUGCCUCCUUACCUCCUAGAAUAGAGGUGACUUUACACUAACCUCCCCAAGAAUAGUAGAUAUUUUAGGGGUUUGAUUUUUAUUUAUUUAUUACUAAAACGUUGGCUUUGAUUUGAAAAGCUAAAAAUCCAAAUGCGAAGUGAACGUUAAAGCAAUGAAAAUAAAUGAUGAAAAAUGAAAAUGAUGUCAUCAUUUACUCACCCUGAUGUCGCUCCAAACCCAUAUUCUGUUAUUGUUUUCUGUAGAACAAAAAUCGUUUUUCCAUACAAAGAUGGUUAAUGGUGACCAUGUCUGUAUAUGGCUUAUGUCUUCUGAAGCCAUAUGAUUGCUUAUCAUUGAGUCUGUGAGCUGAACUCAAGAAUCAGAUCAGCAAGAUUCAUAAAUGUUUAAAAUAUAAAUGAACGAUUUAAGAAACUGACAAAUUAAGUUCUUAAGUUAAACUUGCUGACUCAAUGAUCCAGUUGCGGUUCUCUGGUUAAAAGCUCAUUGUAGAGGAAGAUUAUUAGUGAAUAAUGAUGUAAAUUUUGAUCUGUUCCUCCAACAAAUGUACCAUAUGACUUCAGAAGACUCACAAGGUUUAAGAACACCUAUUAUGGUGCUAUUUCUGUGCAUGUUUUUGUCAUUUUAUCAAGCACAACAGCCAUGGGUACUACUGUAUUAACUGUCACUGUACGGGAAAAGAACAAAAUGACAUGAGGGUGAGUAAACGGACUAAAUUACCGUUGUUGAGUGAUCUAUUACUUUAAUGGAAUCAGUGAAGUUAAUUUGAUCUCAAAAGUUCAUCACAUCAUAUUGGUGUCACAGAAAUGACAACUAAGUUACUGAAAGUUACCGAAAAAUGUGAGAGGAAGGAAGAACAUUGGCUUCAGAAUGAGACACAGCUUUAAUAUGAUUGUGAGUGCAUGUACCCAUUUUUGCUUAAAACCGCAUUCUGGAGUUCCUGUCAUGCUGGUUGAUUCUGGUAGUGUGACAAUAGAGGCCUUCAAACAACAACAUGAUAGUGAUAAUCAUUGUAAAGCUGCUGUGAUGGUGGUUAGGGCUACUGAAUUAAUCAUGAGAUGAACCACAGAUUCAGUGCCUAUGUCUCUUUUGAGAUUACAGUCUUCAACCGUGUUUUUAUGACAAAAUUUUGUUAGGAAUCUACAUACUACAGCUGGGUUUUCAAGCUCACAUUGGGGCUUUAAGUAUUCGUUCUCAUGUCUGGGUGGGUGUGUGUGUGUGACUGUAUGCUCAGUUUUACAAUAAAGCUUGUGUAAGUAAGGUCUGAAUUGCUUUGUAUGAACUGCACAGUGUAGCUGUAUGCAGCUAUGUUGAUAUUCUCGUUGACACCCUGCUGGUAUUUGUCUCAGAGAAAUUCUGGUAUGAAGAGAUGAUUGUAAAUAAUUGUAAUAAAUUUGAUUUA